CGUGUGACGAAAAAAGAUAUUGACGUGUCGCGGUUUAAAAAUACUGAAGAAAUUUGUUCCGUCGCAAGGUUUUCUCUCCCUAAAUUAGCUUAUAAAACUAGUGCAAACAAUGGUUUUGCGAAAUCAUCUUGCUGCUUUUGUGCUGGUAAUGGCCCUGCAGCUAACAAACGCACUGUACUUUCAUAUAGGUGAAACUGAGAGAAAAUGUUUCAUCGAGGAGAUUCCGGACGAAACCACCGUCAUAGUAAACUACAAGGUAGAACUGUACGAUCCUCGUAGCGGCGGAUUUAUGCCAUCGUCGCCGGGGAUCGGCAUGCACGUCGAGGUGAAAGAUCCCGACGACAAGACCAUCCUGUCCCGAGUGUACAGCUCGGAGGGUCGCAUUUCGUUCACUUCGCACACCCCCGGCGAGCACGUAAUCUGCAUGUACUCCAACAGCACGGCUUGGUUCAGCGGAUCGCAGCUGCGUGUCCACCUGGACAUCCAGGUCGGCGAGCAUGCCAUCGACUAUGCCAACGUUGCUCAGAAAGAGAAACUCACCGAGUUGCAGCUUCGUAUCCGGCAGCUGUUGGACCAGGUGGACCAAAUUACCAAGGAGCAAAACUACCAGAGAUACCGCGAAGAGCGCUUCCGCCAAACUAGCGACAGCACAAACCAGCGUGUCCUUUGGUGGUCCUUGGCCCAGACCCUGGUGCUCGUGACUAUGGGACUGUGGCAGAUGAAGCAUCUGAAGAGCUUCUUCGAGGCGAAAAAGUUAGUUUAAUUCUGAAGAUUGUGCCCUUCGUUUUCUCGCGAGUUUCGCGACAACACUGUGCUCUCAACGCGCACAGAACAGAUUUACUGUAAUCUUUUCUCAGAAUAAAUUAAUUUCGAAACUGGAA